AUGCUGGUUACAGAAGAGAGGGAUGAUUCAGAUUUUUCCACCAAGUGUGAGGAACCUUUGCUAAGCCUCAUCCUUCUUGGGAACAAGAGGAAGCACUGCACCGGAACCUGGCUGAUAAUCACUCUGUGGUUUUCCUACUUGUUAGCAUAUUGGCUUGCAACAGUCUCAUUAGGUGUUCUUUCUAAUAAAUUUGUGUUGGCACUCUAUAUCUUCUUCCUAAGAGCCUGGAAAGACACUGAUCUCAACAUUUUGGCAAUACCAAUAUUCAUUGCUAGUAUUGUCAAAGUCGGGGAGAGGAUUUGGGUUUUGUGGUCUGCAAGCAGCCAGCAAUUCAAAGAGUCCUUGUUUCCUGACACUGAUCCAGGGCCAAAUUAUGCCAGGCACAUGGAAACGUACAUUGCAGCAUCUCAUGAAGGGUUCGUGGUUAUGUACAAGGCCUCGAAACUCCCUCAGUUUCUAAUGAUCAUACUCAUGCACCGGCAGAAGCUAACAUCAUCCCACUGCCACAAAUCGACUCAUACGGACCUGAAAUUGUUGUCUUUUCAGAAUGGGAAUGGCAAGAAAGUGUUUCAAGUCAUGCAACUAGAUCUUGGAUUUAUGUAUGAUCUGUUCUACAUCAAAACAGUUGUGACUCUUACUCUUCGUGGGUAG